UUAUUUUUUGAAAAUUUUGCAGAAUGAAAUGACCUUCGGAACGUGUCGCUCUGUGUGGUGAUCGCGCGUGGCUGGCUGUCGCAGUGCUUUUGCAGGCAUCCGACCGAACAACGUCGUCUAAUUCGUCAGAAAUUAGAAAGAAGAAAGUGUGUGUGUGUGUGUGUGAGACAUGACGCGCAGAAAAUGUCCUUCCUGCGACAGUUUCACCGACAGUCUUCCAGAACCGGAAGACCGCGUCAUCAUCGACGGUGUCGUGGAGUGUCUCAUAUUCGCGGAUGCCGAGGACAUGGAGUGCCACGACCGAAUGGAAAGAUGCUCCAUGUGUCGCCCGAAACUCUCGCCCAGGGCCCUGCUUCGUAAGCAUGUGCGGCGUCCGUUGAGGAGCAAUUCCGCGCAUUCGGAUGACGAAGACAAAAAAACUGUGGAACAUGACGAUCGGAAGCCAGCAGAAGAAAUCCCGGUGUCGAACGUCUCCUCAACAACAAUCCCGCAGGCAAAACGUGGCAGGCCUCGGGGCUCAGGAAAGUCCCUUGGGAACACGAAGCCAAAAAUCAACAACAACAAUGACAAUUCGGAAAACAACUUUGGCAGCAAAACCAGGCGACCUCACAGCAAAUCCCUGGAGCCGUCAUCCGAGGUCAGAGUCAGUCCUGCCAAGCGUCGGGGUCGUCCACCGGGCUCCAAAAACAAGGUCAAGCCACCGCCGCCGCCGCCGCCUGUAAAAGCCGCCACAUCAGCUACGUCGAAUCUAGUGGAGGCGGAUAUGCCUCCCAUUUUUGUUUACGGACCCGUGAAAGACCGUCGGAAGCAGCACACGGGCGCCAGUCCGAUCAUCGAAUUGUCUCCGAGUCGCACGGAGUUUGCAGUGUCUGCUUUGAACCCUCAACUGAUGUCGUCGUAUUCGUCUUCUUCUCCUUCUUCUUCCUUGACACCGCGUGUCUUGUCUCAUGGCAAGAUGACGAGAGCCGGCAGACGCAAGUUUGACGAGAAAACCUUUGCGCAUUUGCAUUGUCCGAAGCAGUAUGACCCGAGUUUCUACCACCGCCACCUGGACGAAGAACAACAACGACAACAAACACAACACGACGAAGCAGCCGGGUCCGUGUCGUCGUCGUCGUCUUUGCCGCCCGCGGCGUGUGGAAACAGUUUUUGUCAAUUGGGUUGUGUGUGCGAGGACUGGGGCAGGGACGUGGACGAGAUCUAUGAGCAGUUGUGUGGACGGUUUGAGUGCGUGCACGGGUGUGUGUGUCCGUCGGCGUCGACAUCAACGACUGGUGGCGCCGGAAUGGUGGCCAGGCCCAGACGAAGGCGCCGCUGGACCGACAAGAGCGUUGGUCGUCCGCCAAAGAAUGGGCGAAAUCACAAGAAACGCGAGGCUGCCGGAGACUAGUUUCGUGGAAAGCAUCUAUCGAAGUA